GCGUCGCGAAAAAUAAUAUAAAUAUUGGACAUUUUCCUUAAGUUAGUUUAUGUUAAAAUGUCAGAAUACGCAUCCUACUUCAACCAAGACUCUGCUAAAUGGUCAUUGAUUAACUUUGACAGUUGGUGUCUUCAAAAGACGAACGGUUGUCAUGCUAACAAAAUUCAUAGAAUAUUCUACAAACACAUGAAUGAUAUUUUGUUAAAAGAUUCAUCAACAGAACAAGAAAGAAGUCAAGCACGAAAUUUGAUAAAUAGUAGAAAAGAACAUGUAAAGCUUGCCAAUGCGUUAUGGGAUAAUCCUGAUGUUUUAAAAUCAAUCUAUAAAGAAAAUUCAAAAAAACGUGACAGAGAUACGGAUGAAGAAGAUUUAGUCGAAAAAGAAAGACAUCUUGCUCUCAAAGAAUGUGAAUUGUCUAUUAAAGAAAGAGAAGUUAAAAUCCGAGCUUUGGAAUUGUCAAACUUUGAAAAAGAGAAGGAAUUAGGAUUGUAAAUUUUAGGAUGAGUUUUUUU